AUGGCUCCCGCUAGCAGGAGAGGCAUUGUGCCGCAACCAUGCCUGCUGGAGAGCUUGAUCGCCGCCGCACAUGAGUACCGGAAAUCCAACUUCGAUGCUUUUGCGGCGCGAAUCCGGGUUUGUGGCCCCGCAGUUGUAGCAACGACCUACUUCAUCUUCAACUCGAGCGUGGUUGCUGAGGUGUCGCGCUCCGACCACGGCCACCCUUUGAUUCGGUGGGGUGGUAUAUGGAGGACUUUCGACGAGUUCUGCCAGGUUGCUUUGCUGGGUCCGUCUUUCAAAGCACCGACCGGUCGACAAGGCUACGACACCCUCCAGCGCUGGUAUCGUUAUCGCGACGAGCCGUUCCGCUUCAUGGAGUUACCGACGGAGCUACGCCUUGAGAUCAUUGAACAUGCGGUCGACGACGAUAUCUAUCCAAUGGUGGUGCCCCCGGUACACCCUGUCGGCGUCCCGGCUGUGAGUCUCGGCAAAGGAUGGAAACCGAUCGCGCCUAGCAGGCGGCUUGAAGGGACCCAUGAUCCGGCAGACGUCGUCGCACCACCGCGGACAGCGACAAGCCCCAUGAACGUGAGCAAGCAGGUGCGAGCAGGGCUGCUCUCAGUCCUCCGGGCCUCCAGUCGGCAGUGCUUCGACGAUCCUGCACAACUUAGGAAAUUUCCGCCCCUCUUCCGCCAUGGCGUCUUGCAGGCAAAGGAUCUAUCCCAUGUCGCGCUGAAUUUCGACAACAAGAGCUACUUAGAGUUUUUUGGCGUUGAGGCCUACCCGUACGGUGGAAAUAGUCAAGUCUUGGUCCUUGGACGCUCCUCCCUGCCCUUCCUGGAGCGGCUAGACAUCAUCUUACGCUCGUCUUGCUGGGAACCGUUGACUCAUCCCUGGUGGGCCCUUUCUAGACAACGUGGCAACGGACAUGAUAGCUGGCGGAGGCGCUGCGCCUGCCAGAAAGUACUGACGGAGAUGAUCCUCACGUUCGCGUUGAAUCAGGUUAAGCACAUCCCCACUGUCACAGUUGAGGGUUACUGCAAGAACGCCACCAAGAAGGCCUUCGCAGCCGCCCACAAGAAGCUCCGCAAUGAUCCAACAACAUGGCCUGCGGAGUGGACAAUGAUGACGGAGGAUAUCCGGAAGUGGCCUGCUGGGGAUUUGCCUCCGCAUUGCCAUUGCACCCCAAAGUGCGGAUUCUGGGGAGUCGAGGCAGUCAUGGACCCCCAGCGGCCGUACGUCUCUCCACACGAAAUCUUCGCAAAAUACCGGUUCAACAAGGACUAA